AACCGGGUUGACGGGUGUGCAGCUGCCAGAGCCUCUGAUUCCGAGCCGUCCAGGCCGUCGGGAGCCCUGAAUACGUCGUCUUCCAGUUGGCUGGCUCAGCGACUCAGGAUGGCAAAACGGAAGAGAAAAAUUACCGAAAUGACAGAGAAAAGGAACAAAAAACUGAAGAAGGCGUCAGCGAAGGAGAUGCCACCCGCGGCCACACCGGGCACCGGGGAAGCGCACGCCGAGGGAGGAGCCGCCUGGGGCGCCGGACAGGACACGGCCCUCGAGCUGCCCGAGCUGACCCCGGAGGAGAAGAGGGUCCUGGAGAGGAAGCUGAAAAAGGAGCGGAGGAAAGAGGAGAGGAAGCAGCUUCGGAAGAAUGCAGCCCCGAGCGUGCCGGCCAAGCCCUCCGGGGCCCAGCUGGCCCUGGACUACCUCCGUGGCUGGGCCCAGAAGCAUGAGAGCUGGAAGUUCCAGAAGACGAGGCAGACCUGGCUGCUACUGCACAUGUAUGACAACGGCCAGGUUCCCGACGAGCUCUUCUCCACCCUGCUGGCCUACCUGGAGGGGCUGAGGGGCCGGGCCCGAGAGCUGACAGUGCAGAAGGCCGAGGCCCUGAUGCAGAAGUCAGACGAGGCCAGGGGCGCGGACACCCUCCCGCUGGGGAUGAUCCAGCGCGUCCGGCAGGUGCUACAGCUGCUGUCCUAGGGCUGCCGGCGGGCCGGGUCACUGCCGCAGCCCCAGGCGGUCCCGGGCCUCUCGGUGAGGGCGACCGCGUCCUCCCGGCAGUGGGGCCCCAGCGAGGGGCAAGCGGGGUCAGCAGCAGGGCAGCGGCCAGUGGGCCCGGGGACUUCCGGGGGCCGGGCCCCUGGCCCUCGGGAGGACUGACUCCACGAUGACAGGUUUUCAUGCCUUCACAACCAAACGGGAGCACUAGGGGGGUAACCUAGAGACACUGGCCUGGUCACUCCGUGGCCUCAGAGCCCACAGGGAAGCCGAGAGAAAGGCCUGUUUUCUACUGGAAUGACUCAGAAAUCCACCAGAGCCAGCCCUUCCCGCCAGCAGUGGUCCGUCCCUGUUGGGGGCUGAGGGCGGUCCCUCCGGUGGCGUCCAGGGCUGCCUGGUCACCUGCCUGCGUUCACCGACCUUUUCCACUCCUGUUUGCAGUAAAACCAUCCUGUGUCGGCCGUGGCUCUC